CUAUAUUUGGCGCCACUCAACUAACGGUUGAGAAUUAUCAAAUUCAACAAACUGAUCCAUCAUCACAUAAAAAUUAUCUGGUUGCCACAAAUCAUAACAAAUUUCUUCUAACACCAUCAUUCCUGAUCCCUCCCCAUCCUCUCCACCCUCUUCCAUGCUCCAGUUUUCUGGCAAAUUCUCGUUGCCGGAAAAUCCGAUCAGGGAAGAGGCCAUGAGUGAUACCGAUGAAUACAAUGAUGAUAAUGGGAACAACAAAAAUUAUAUCCAUUUAGAUUUCAAUGAAAAUCAAAUAAGCCUUAUCAAUGAGGACGAAUAUGAUCAUGAUCUUGUUAGUGAUCAUGAUCUUGUUAGUGAUGUGGAACGAGAAUUGGUUGAUGAUGAGGAGGUAGGGACACCAAGUCCUGCAGAGAUUAGGCUCAAGAGAAAGAAAUCAUUGUUGGAAUUUCGUUGCAAAAUUCAAGAAGCAAUUAUUGGAAAAUAUUUGUUAGGUGAAGGAGAAAAAGGAGAAAAAAUUUCAUUGCCAAAGGAAAAUCUUAGAGAUAUUACAUUAUGGGGUGUUCCUUUAUUACCAAGUAGGGCACAUGAAGGUACUGAUAUUGUAUUGAGGAAAUUCUUAAAGGCUAAAGAUUACAAAGUCAAUGAUGCAUUUGACAUGUUACAGAAGACAUUGGUUUGGAGAAUUAAGAAUAAUGUUGAUAAAAUUCUUGAUGAAGAUUUGGGUUCUGAUUUUGAAAAAGUUGGAUAUUUGGAUAGUAGAGAUAAGGAAGGUCGACCGGUUUGUUACUAUGUUUACGAGGUUUUCAAAGACAAGAGUUUGUACAAGAAGACAUUUGGAACACAAAAGAAAUGUGACUUGUUUUUGAGAUGGAGGAUUCAAUUGAUGGAAUUUGCUAUUAAGAAGUUGAGUUUUAGAGGCGGUGUUGAUGGAAUUAUUCAGGUUUAUGAUUUGAAGAGUGCACCAAUUCAAGGAAUGAAAGAGCUUAACUCAGUCAGCAAAAAGGCUCUUAUGUUGUUUCAAUGCUAUUAUCCUGAGAUAGUUUAUAAAAAUAUUGUAGUAAAUGCACCAUUUUGGUUCUACACUUCACAAGUAUUAUUCUCAAGGUUUAUGAACCAGAGAAACAAAAAGAAGUUCAUCCUUGCAAGACCACAAAGGGUCACACCAAUUCUUCUCAGGUACAUAGGCCCAGAGCAUCUUCCAGCAGGAUAUGGUGGUCUAAGGAGGAAUAAUGACCAUGAUUUUUCUCCUGAUGAUAAAGUUUUAGAGCAUAGAAUCAGAGCAAAUUCUGUUUCAACAGUUGAAUUUCCUGUCAAUGAGACUGGAGUGACAAUAAUGUGGGACAUAACUGUUGUUGGAUGGGAGGUGAUUUACAAGGAAGAGUUCAUUCCAAAUGAUGAAUGUUCAUACAAUGUAUUACUACAAAACCAAAGUGUUGUUGGUGACAGCAUUAGAAACUCUUUUUACAUAAAUGAACCAGGGAAGAUAGUAAUAACAGUUGAAAAUGGGAAUUUCAAGAAGAAGAGAAUGUACUAUAGAACAAAAACUAGAGUCACUGUUCCAAUGUUCAUUUUGCUAUCAUAAAUAAAAAAUAGUAGUUUUCUCCUCUUCAUUUGAAGAUAUUGUAUUUUUUUUUUUUUGUAUUCAGUAGGCCAGAAGCUACCAACAUGAAAUUGAUGGCAGAAUAGAUCCAUUUUACUUGCUGCUAAAAAUUCAUAAGGUAGUUCAUGAUGGCUACAAUUGAUUGUAUAUGUAUCCACAUGUUUUUGAUGUUUUUUUUAACAUGUGAACCUCAAUGCCAUGAAUUAAUGGAAUAGGUAAUUUUAUGUAAUAA